AUGGAUAUUAAUAAGAAAAUAACAUAUCCCAUUUCAGGUGAUGCAAUUUUUGCUGGAGGUGGUACAAAGAAGGAAAGAGAAGAUGAACACUAUGAAAACGACGUCAUUGUGAUAACGAACAGAUUUCCAAAAGAGCUAAAUUUCUUUUGCAAUCCGAGACAUGAGCUAAUGCGAGAUCGGCUUUGCUACGGUCAUAUCGAUGCUUAUGCCUUAGCAUGUGCUGAAGACACUCCACCAAUGCAUCUUGUACCAUUUUGUCUCGCCUUCAAGAAAUUCGCAUACCUAAUUCAGCGGCACUGCUCUCUUGUGAACUAUCCAGCCGAUGACUGGUGCCAUCGCGAGUUUGACCGCUACGAGGGUUUCUGUACAUCAGCCAAGAGACAGAAAUGCAAGUCAUGCUCUUACGAUCUCACUUGUCACUGUGAGCCAUACGAGUGCUUAUGGAAGAGACAUGGCUUCAACACAGCCGUAUGGUGUCAAAGAUACGAACUAUUUUGUAACGAAAAAGCACGAAGAGAAAAAGCAGCUGAAUUGGUAAGCCUAAUGCAGGAUGCGAUCAAGAUCCAUUAUAGAUGUAUGCACUUGUUCAAUCUUCCCAAAGUUAUUUGCGAUCCAUUUCGAAGGCAAUUUGACUAUAAUCGAUGUAUG